CGCCGGCAGUUGUUUCUCUCAAGAAGCUCAACACACCGGUGUUCAGAGCGAGCAAGGUCCGCCAUCAUAUACACACAGGAUGUGAAGGAUGUAGUACCAUGUGUUUUGAUACCCAGCCACUUCCUUCCUCACGGUUUUAACGUACCAGAAGGUACCACCGGUGUAGUCGGUGAAAAUUUUACGUAUACGUCGUUUGUUAUUCCUUACGUUGGGAUUUUUCAGUGAAAUUUUGUAGUUUUCGUGAGAAUUUUUGGAUUUCUGAGUGGAGGUUACAUGUCUGGAAGUAAGAGACAGACAUCAAGAUGAGAGUCCAACUUUUGGUCGCCUCCUAUUUGUUCAUCCUCACACCUUACAGCCAUGGUGAUCUCGUGGACGAAUACGUGGAACACGUAGGAAAAGUGAACAGACAAAAAAUUGGCGAUUCCAGGUUCUCUAGUAGGUUUUCGAGGAAUGGUUAUAGUGACUUAGAUUUAGACUCGGAAAAACGGGUUAAUUUAAGAAAAAGUGUGAAUAGUAGACGUAAGAGACAUGUGUUCAACGCGGAGUUAGAUCAGUGGACUCAUUCGGAGGUUUUGGACAAAGAUGGCGCUGUGGUUUUGAGGUGGCAGCCUAGGCAUCAGGAGAUACUGUUUAGGGUUGAAGCAAGAACUAGUGGGUAUAUUGGGAUUGGUUUCAGCCCUAAUGGAGGUAUGGAAGAUGCUGAUAUUGUCAUUGGAUGGGUGGAUGACAGAAAUGGACGAGCAUAUCUACAUGAUUGCCACGGUGUUCCAAAAGGACAAGGGUCAUCUCCGAUCAGAGACGAAGUGGACAACUACACCCUCGAAAAAGGGAUGCAGAAUGGGACUCACACAGUCCUGGAAUUUCGCAGAGCGUUAGACACUUGUGACAUACAUGAUUAUGUGUUGAACGGUGAUACAGUACGUGUUAUCUGGGCUAUGAGAGAUACAGACCCACAGUUUGAAGGAGAUAUGGUGUACCAUGGGGAAUCUAGAGGUACCCAAAGUCUUCAUUUGCUAGGACCAUCACCAGUGAAACGUGCAGAAAGUAGAAACAUCAAAAACUGGGACAUAACACUUGAAAACUUCGAGGUUAAACCAAAUAUGAACACCAUCUACUGGUGCAAAGUGUUCAAAGCACCCCAGUUGGACAGCAAACAUCACAUCAUAGGAUACGAACCGCUGAUUGGACCAAACCACUCGAAUUUCGUACACCACAUGAUAGUCCAUGAGUGUCAGUUGGGACCAAAUGGUAACAACCAGAGAUGGGAGGCUUUUGCUCAACAGAGUGGUCAACUAUGCUAUGGCCAACAGAUGCCACUGGAGUGGGAUAAAUGUUUAACGCCUUUGGUAGCUUGGGCCAUCGGUGCUAAAGGGGAGAAUUUUCCACCAGCUGUAGGAAUACCGAUAGGUCAGCAGAGAAACUCUUACUACAUGUUGGAGAUUCACUAUGACAACCCCAAGAUGAAGAAAGCCAGGGAUACGUCAGGGUUAAGGCUCCAUUACACCAGCGAAUUGAGACCUAAUGACGGUGGAAUUCUUAUUGCUGGAGUGGCUUUGUCAAACCUUCAUUUCAUUCCUCCAAAGCAGAGAGAGUACAAGACAGCUGGCUAUUGCAGUACUGAUUGUACCAAAGAGGUUUUUCCCAAAGAAGGUGUGAACGUGGUCUCGGUAAUGCUGCAUUCCCACUUAGCCGGUAGGAAGUUAAAGUUACGCCACAUCAGAGCAGGAAAGGAACUACCACCAUUAGCUCAGGACAACCACUACGACUUCAACUACCAGCAAUCAAGGUCCCUCUUCCAAAACACUGUUAUACUGCCAGGUGAUGGUCUCAUCACAGAAUGUGCUUACUCAACAGUGGAUAGGACACAACCAACACUCGGUGGCUACUCCACCAAAGAAGAGAUGUGCCUGGCUUUUAUCCUCCACUACCCCAGGACAGAACUAGCUGGAUGCUACUCAAUGCCUCCAAUUCAGUACUUUUUCCAAAACCUCGGAGUAAGAGAGUUCUAUGGCAAGAACAUGACAGAAAUAGAGACUUUAUUCCUUCAAGGAGGUAAUGAUACUCCCCAAUCACCUGUCACGACAUCUAGUCCUCUCUUUGGCUACAGUCCUGGUGACGAAAUGUCACCAGAAGCUAACAGAAGAGCAGUAGUGGCCCUACAAAAUGCCAGAGACUACAGUAUAGACCUGCACAGUCAGCAGAGUAGAAAUUUGUUCGACGAACUUAUCAUCAAAGAACCUCUAGAGUUCCAGAACAAAAGUUUCACCACCCAUCUGCAGAAUAUUCCCUACAACGAACCUCUUCUGACCAAGAAAAUGGAGGAAUACUUCUAUACAGGGUUGCACUUGACUUUCUGCAGAAAAAAGGAUGAUUCUCUCGCAAUUAGAGAAAGCAUCGAAAAAUUCCCCAAUUUCUCUGCGUACGUCAGCAGAGAAUCCCAAAGUCAGUGUAGUUACAGAAACAGGAAGACUGUCUUAACUACAGAUUCAUCUUCAGGCUUCAAACCAAAUAUUACUUUAGGAUUUUUAUUUAUUGUAUGUAGUGUUAUAAUUUAUUUUUAGUUGUUAAAUAAAAUGUGAAAAUUGUAAAUAA